CCGCGGUCUCCAUGGCAACCGGCGGGCGGCGGCGGCGGCCUGCGCCGGGCCGGCCUGUAGCGGUGUGAGCGGCGGGAGCAGCUCCCCGGCCGGGCCGGCCGCCUUCUCCCCGCCCCUGCCCGCCAGGAAAGAUGCCCGGGGUUCUGCCGAGUGACAGCACCGGACCGGCCAGAGGGAGCCCUUGUAAGAAGAACAGGCUCUCGUUGAAGCUUUUCCAAAAAAAGGAAGCGAAAAGAGCGCUGGAUUUCACGGAGUCCCAGGAAAAUGAACAAAAGGGUUCGGAGUUCCGAGGCUCUGAGGUUGACCAGGUGGUUCCUGCAGCACAGCCCCCUGCACUCCUCAGCUGUGAGAAGAAGGACAACAUGUUGCCUUUUGUGGGCUUGAACAACCUGGGUAACACCUGUUACCUCAACAGUGUGCUCCAGGUCUUGUAUUUUUGCCCUGGUUUUAAAACUGGAGUAAAGCAUUUAUAUAACAUCAUUUCAAAGAAGAAAGAAUCUCUGAAGGAUGAAGGAGAGCAAAAAGCAGAGAAGGGAAACUGUAAAGAAGAUCCAGUGGCAAGUUAUGAGCUCAUCUGCAGCUUGCACUCAUUGAUUCUUUCCGUGGAGCAGCUUCAAGCCAGCUUCCUCUUAAAUCCAGAGAAGUACACAGAUGAACUUGCCACUCAGCCACGAAGGCUGCUGAACACCCUGAGAGAGCUGAACCCCAUGUAUGAAGGCUACUUGCAGCACGAUGCCCAGGAGGUUCUGCAGUGUAUCCUGGGGAACAUCCAAGAAACCUGUCAGCUGCUGAAGAAGGAAGAGCUGAACAAACUGCCCGUGGAAGAGCCUGCAGCCAAAGUGGAGGACAAACUUCCUCAAAAUACCAAGAGCAAUGGAACUGCCAACCCUGAGGAGGAGGAAGAGGAGGAGAAUGUAGCAAGCAGCCAGGUUGGAGAGGGAACUGAAGAGAAACUGCUGAAGGGAAACGGGAAAAGAAAAAGCGAUGCUGAGGGUGGCAAUGCAAAGAAAAAAUCCAAAGUGUCAAAAGAGCAAAUUGCAGCAGAAGAAAAUCAAAGACAAACCAGGUCCAAGAGGAAAGCCACGGGAGAGAAGCUGGAAAAUCAAGCUGAUGCCAUAGCCAAGUGUUGCAGUGAAAACGAGAGCACCAAGCCCACGCAGAAGAAGUCGCGGCUUCGGUUGAACUGGUUGAAAUCUUCGUGCAAGCAGCCCAGCAUUCUGUCUAAAUUUUAUAGUCUAGGGAAGUUAACAACAAGCUUGGGAUCCAAAGACCCAGGGAAAGAGUGUGAUGACUGUGAGCUCGAAGAGUCAUCUGUAAAGUGUGAGAAUGGUAACACUGUUAAAGAGGAGUAUCGGGAACCAGCAUCUCCUGUGGGAAGCCAUAAUGAAAAAGGAACUGAGAAAGAACCAAAACAGGAAGGUACAGAACUGGCUGUUUUUGAACUAGUGGAGAAACUGUUCCAGGGCCAGUUAGUUCUGAGAACAAGAUGCUUGGAGUGUGAGUGCUUUACUGAAAGAAGAGAAGACUUUCAGGACAUCAGUGUUCCAGUGCAAGAAGAUGAACUUUCUAAAACUGAAGAGAGUUCUGAAAUUUCUCCAGAGCCAAAAACAGAAAUGAAGACUCUGAAAUGGGCGAUUUCCCAGUUUGCCUCAGUGGAAAGAAUUGUGGGAGAGGAUAAAUAUUUCUGUGAGAACUGCCACCAUUACGCAGAAGCAGAGCGCAGCCUUUUAUUCGAUAAAAUGCCUGAAGUUAUAACAAUUCAUUUGAAGUGCUUUGCUGCUAGUGGCUUAGAGUUUGAUUGCUAUGGUGGUCUGUCCAAGAUAAACACUCCCUUAUUGACGCCCCUCAAACUGUCUCUGGAGGAAUGGAGCACCAAGCCCACCAACGACACCUACGGCUUGUUCGCCGUGGUCAUGCACAGCGGCAUCACCAUCAGCAGUGGACACUACACAGCUUCAGUCAAAAUCACAGACCUGAACAGCCUGGAGUUGGAUAAGGGCAAUUUCAUCACUGACCAAAUGUAUGAAACCAUUAAACCAGAGCCACUGAACGAGGAGGAGGCAAGAACUGUCGCCGAAGACUACGACGACGGCGAAGUCUCCUUUAGAGUCAACGGGAACGCGCAGCCGGGUAAAGUGCUGAACAAAAAGAACAUGGAAGCUGUGGGACUUCUUGGGGGGCAGAAGAGCAAGCCUGACUGUGACCUCUAUAACAAACCAGCCAACCCUGAGAAGUUUCUCAACAUGGUUACUGAGAACAGAAACCCUGAGGCCAGCAGCAGCCCCGGGGGCGCGGGGUGCAGCACAUCGUCCCGGGAGCAGGACGGUGCCGGAGGACUGGAAAACAAAGCCCUGUACCUACUGCAGAGCCUCAGAGAGUAUGAAGGGAAGUGGUUGCUUUUUGAUGACUCUGAAGUCAAGGUGACAGAAGAAAAGGACUUUCUGAAUUCUCUUUCUCCCACGUCCUCAUCCACGUCGACUCCCUACCUACUGUUUUAUAAGAAAAUUGUAGAGUGAUGCUGUAUUCUGACUGUAAAUAUUAGGGAUUUGCAUACACCUCUUGGUCUGAUUUGCAUCAAAACUACCUGGAAGAAGCAGCUGUUUUGUUUUUUGAAGCUACUGGAUCAUAAUGUUUUUGGUCUUUUUGUUUGGUGUUAAGUGGCUCAACUUGAAUUAACAAACAUGACCUAGAAUUUAACUCAAUAACUUUAAUGCUGGAGAAUAGUGACAUUGCCUUUUAGGAAUCCCAGUUUGUAGAGUUCCUAAAUGAUGCCUACAGCACAUGGUAGUGGUUUUAACACAACCCUAGGUCUGAGACAUGCCUAUUGUAUUAUUAGCUUUUUUUUUUUUUUUUUUAAAUAAAGUUUAUUUGUAUUCAUCUUCUGGAGUAAAUGUAUAUUAACUAGUGAAUUUCAUCAGAAGUUGUGUAUUUUUGUAACUUGGGAAGUAAUGCUUCUUAUUUAGUCUUUGGGUAAUUGAUGUGGUUUAUUCUCCUUCUCCAGUUCUCCACUGCUGAGUGCAACUCCAAGCAGAAGCAAAGGGUCUUGUAACCUUGUUUAGUGUGUUGGAAGGGACUGAACUUCAUAGACAUGUUUGAAUGGCCUAAUUUGCAUCUUGUUGCAUAGGUGUUCAGUGGGCGAAGUGUAAAUAGGUGUGAUUAAUACUUCCAAAAAGAGGGGGGGAGCGUGUAGUGUAAUUAAAAUAAUUUUGUACUUUCAAGAGUAAAGCCCUCUCUAUGCAUAUCUGUUUGGGUGGAUUUGGAACUUAGCAGUGAUCUUGUGACAGUUAAUUUGUACUUGGAGCUCACUGAGAUGUGGGAAAAGGAAAGCGUUUGGCUUUGAUGCUUUGUUAAGAAUGUAUAUAUGAAAUAAAAACUUUAUGAUAUGCAUCCCAGAUAA